GCAACAACAGAUGCACCUUCCUCAAUUGCUGCAUCAUCCCAGUGCUCUCAUGAAUGUCCACGAUGGCUGCCAAUCUUUUCUCCUGGGUUUUUCGCCCAAACCGAUCCUCUCCAACAAUGGCUGAACCGUCUCAGCGCAGAUUGUGGUGUGCGUUCUCUGACAAUAUUGAUAAUAUGUUUCCCAUACACUGCAAUAUCAAUGUUGACUCUAUCGCCGAUGCUAAAGAGAAAAUCUGGGUAAAAAGCCAACCCAAGCUUGCUCAGGUUGCCUCCUGGGAACUCAAUCUCUACAGCCCUUCCAGCCCAGUCAAGAAUAUUCCUACGAGGGAGAACCUUGUACAUCUCCAUCCUCGCAAACGAAUCUUAUCCGACUUCCCUCGAUCCAAUGAUCCAGACAUUGAUAUUAUUGUUAUACAACCAGAAGAGCAACAGCAUUCUAUCGCUACCCAAGUGUCAAAUUCUCCCAGACUUGAACCAUGUCAAAUGAUAUGCACGCGAGAUGAAACGGUAUCAAAACUUGCGGAAGUCAUUGAUUCACAAAACAUCGUCCAUGUACGUGGUACCCCAGCAAGUGGAAAGUCAACACUCUCGCUUCUAUUAAGGGACUAUUAUCGCCGGAAUGGAAGAGCAGUUUUUUGGCUUGGGAUAUGGCAACAAAAUCUUGAUUGUCUUGACGGCGAGAGUCCUUGGAUGAAUUUCGCUCGGAACCUUAGACAUAAGUAUCCAAGUAUACAAAGGGCAGAAGAUUUUUUCGCUAACGGCAAUGUGAUCAUCAUCGAUGAAGCACAAACAUCUUAUGGAGACACUGCAUUAUGGAACCAAAUUAUUAAAGACAUCCGUGGAGGAAUUGGAUACAAGGUGAAGAUGUGCCUUUUCUGUUCAUACGGCAGCCCAUCAACAGGCAUGCCAUACAACAGGAGAGAUCAUGGGACGCCUGUAGAUUUCGCUCCUACACAACGCAUCUCAUUAACACCAUCAACUGAGCUAGGUUCGCCACCAAUAGGCCUAUUCUACAACAAAGACGAGUUUGAAGUGGUUGUGACGAGGUUGUGCUCUUGUGACGUCGUUGAAAAGUACACUAUUGACAGAGAUGCACGAAACUAUAUAUUCAGUCUCACAAAUGGCCAUCCCGGAGCUGUGAAGUCCAUAGUGUCCUAUAUCUUCGAGUUGUACCGCUCCGAGGUUAAGCAUAGAGUUAUUCCUACUAUAACAGAGGAUAUCGUGAUUCAAGCCUUGAGGGAUGAUAAAGAAGUCUUCAGUCGUCUUAGGGGAACCGUUGUUUCUCGGUCUUUUCCUUUUGGGAACAGAUUUACAACGGAAGCUGCAAACACUAUCCGAAAAGUCCUGGAGGAUGGAUACGUUCUAUUUGACGAAUCACUUUGCGGUAUAAGAUGCUGUUAUGAAAAUGGCUGGAUCCACAGAGCAACUCUAGUGGAUGACACUGAGCAGCAAAAUAGUGUUGGUGUUCUACCAUCUCGCUUACAUGAGAAGUACUACUUCCUGAGUUUUGAUGUUUUUUUUGUUCUAUACCGAUUUGUCUAGAUACGUUGAGUACCUGAUUGCUAAGGCACCAGCGAAGUUUCCAGACGAGACAUUUCCUACGAUUCAAAGCUUAUGUAUGAAAGUCCUUAAGGACUUCUCGCCAAAAAAUCUUAGACAUUGUGUGCAAGGCAAAUUGUCAACUGCGGCAAAACUUCGACCAGUGGAGGCGCAGUAUCAGGAUGAAUUCUACAGGGCUUUCAACACCGUAGUAGGUCGAGAUGUGCCAAUAUCCAGUGAAUGGUUCCGCGAGGGUGGUGGCCGAGUCGACUUCUGGAUUCCGCAAAAGCGAUGGGGAAUUGAGCUGCUCAGGGAACACAGUAAUGUGGAUGAACAUUGCAAUCGAUUCAAGAAGGGCGGUCGGUAUUAUCCAUGGAUUGAAGCUGGCAUGCUCGAGGAUUGGAUAAUAAUUGACUGUGCCACAUCUUCACCCAGUAGUGAGCAUACAGAACCGAAACUCUGGCGCGCUGUCUUUGAGAAUGAUUAUUCCCAAUUAAUGAUGUUGGAUUACAGAAA